CAUUUACUCCGUACUACGUAACUUAUUUAAACAUAAUCAUAAUUUAUUUUUUUCUCAAUGUAUCAAACUAAAACACUCACAUAAACUCAUUUCUCAGCCCCAAGACUCCAAGAGGCCAACACUUCUUUCAUCACGUUUGCGCUCUCCCCCGCGGUUCUGCAUUCUGCUGUUCAAUAUCCACCGUAGCCUAGCAGCAAUGAUCGCGACACAAAGAAGUGGAUCCGGGCAAUGGGCAAGCCCGAGAUCCCCAUCCUCUAUCCAAUCGGGACCGUAUCUUUCAGUUUCAGUGACUGAUCCAGCUAAAAUGGGCAAUGGCGUCCAAGCUUAUAUUUCAUACAAAGUCAUCACUAAGACUAAUAUGUCCGAGUAUCAUGGCCAAGAAAAGAUUGUUAUUCGACGUUACAGUGAUUUUGUUUGGUUGCGUGAUCGUCUUUUUGAGAAGUAUAAGGGCAUCUUUAUCCCUCCACUUCCAGAGAAGAACACUGUUGAGAAGUUUAGGUUUAGUGCUGAGUUCAUUGAGAUGAGGCGUCGAGCUCUGGAUAUAUUCAUUAACCGCAUAGCUUCACAUUGUGAGCUUAGACAGAGUGAAGAUUUAAGAAUUUUUUUGCAGGCAGAAGAGCAGACAAUGGAGAGAGCCAGGUCCCAAGACACUGGUAUUUUUAAGAAGAAACCAGCUGAUCUGAUUCAAAUUUUUAAGGAUGUACAAUCAAAAGUGAGUGAUGUUGUGCUUGGAAAGGAAAAGCCAGUUGAAGAAUCCAAUCCUGAAUAUGAGAAACUGAAGCAUUACAUAUUUGAGCUGGAAGAUCAUCUAGCUGAAGCUCAGAAGCAUGCAUAUGGUCUUGUAAAGAGACACAGAGAAUUAGGAGAGUCUUUGUCAAACUUUGGGAAAGCAGUCAAGCUUUUGGGGACAUCUGAAGACAAUGCACUGGGGACAGCAUUUUCUGAACUUGGGGCAAAAUCUGAGCUGAUAUCAAUUAAGCUUCAGAAAGAGGCACAUCACCUUCUAAUGAAUUUUGAAGAGCCACUGAAGGAUUAUGUCCGAGCUGUACAAUCAAUUAAGGCCACAAUGGGAGAGAGAGCAAAUGCUUUCAAGCAGCAGUGUGAACUGGCUGAAGCUAUUAAAUUUAAGGAGAUAGAUCUAAACAAACUAAGGCUAACACGAUCGGAGAAACUGGUCGAGGUUGAGCGUGAAUAUGAAGUGGUGAAAGCUGAGGGGGAGGAAGCGACCCAAAGAUUCAGAAAAAUAGUGGAGGUGAUGAAUGGAGAGAUUGUCCAAUUUCAAGAGCAGAAAACAGUGGAUAUGGGGAUUGCUUUUCAUGAAUUUGCGAAGGGACAAGCUAACCUCGCUAAAAGCAUUGCAGAAGCCUGGCGAGGUUUCCUUCCUAAGCUUGAAGCAUGCUCUUCCUAAUCACACCGAUAUUUGAAGGACCCGAAGACCGGGAUGUGGUACGCAACUUGCAAAUGGUGCGGGAAAAAAUGUAGCAUGGGGGUUUCAGGCGGAUACGGGAUGACAAUGAAGCAUAUGAAGUCAUGUGACAAAGCCAAAGGAUCGAGAGGUGCGGGAAGUUCCGAUUGAUUACAAUUUUCAAAAUGUUUGUCUCUUAAAGUUUGUUUUAAUUUUCAAAUGUAGUUCCUAUUUCAUUUCAAAUAAAUGCACUUGAAGUUUGUUUUUAAUACUUGUAUAAAACUAUAAACUAUAAAAUAUA